AUGAUGCGCCGCCUCGCUCUUCAGCCUGUCGCACGUCGUGCGGUUGCCACGUCUCCAUCUGCUUUGGUGGUGCGUAGGGCGUCGACCGUCGCCAUUUCCGUGCAGGGCCUGCAUUACGUUGGCACGGGACUUGCCGCCAUCGCACUCGCGGGUGUCGGUCUUGGCAUUGGCACCAUCUUCGGCAACCUGUUGGUGGCCUGUGCACGCCAGCCAAACUUGACGAAGAUGUUGUUUAACUACGCCAUUCUUGGAUUUGCCCUGACGGAAGCUAUCGGUCUCUUCGCACUCAUGCUUGCCUUCCUGAUGCUCUUCUCGUAG